AUGGACAAUUGGUUGUUUCAUUUAGCUAAUUGUUUCCUAGCAUUUGGUUAUAUUGAUAUUCCUCUUGAAAAUGGGCUACUGAUCUCACGAUGUUCAUCAACUAUUGGAUUAAUUAUAUUAUGUGAUUGGUCAGUUAAGGUCAUUUGUUCACCUUUGGUAUUCACUUGGAGUGUUGUUAUGUUGAUAGUUAAUAUCGGACAUACGAUUCACCUUUUUUAUACCUUCAGGCAAGUUAAUUUUUCAUCUAAAUCAUUGGAACGUGUUUACAAUCGCAUGUUUGCUCCCAUGGGAGUAAACAAAUUAACCUUUCAACGACUUUCGUGCCCCGACAAUGCGACAAUCCAUAGACUCGAAGCUGGUGAAGCUUAUUCAAUACAGAAUUUGACCAAAAAUGACCGAUUAAGUUUACUAAUUUCUGGAAGAGCGAAUGUGAUUUGUAAUGGAAAUUAUUUACAUCCAAUUGAACCGUUAGAGUUCAUGGAUUCUCCUGAAUUUGAAUCAAAUUGUCACAAUUCCAAUGAGGAUAAAAUGAAUGUUUCCAUAAUUGCUGCUGUUCCAUGUCGAUAUAUUUCAUGGGAAAGAUCAAACCUCGAAUAUCAUUUGAUAAAGGAAACUGCUUUUUCUUAUGCAUUAAGUUAUCUUAUAGCUCGAGAUAUUACCGAGAAAUUGUUCACAAUGAACAAAAAGGUUCGAUCAACACAUUAA